UGCCCGAAAAUCACUAAUUUUUCAUCAGUUUUUAUCAAAAUAUUAAUUGCGUUUGAUACGCAUGAAUAUAUUAUUAUUAUUUUUUACUUAAAACAUUUAAAAAAUUUUUUGAAAGAGUUAAAUCUGAUAGAAAAUGUCAAAAAUGGAAGAUAUCGGUCGAAUGUUGACAAAUUACACGGACCCAGUUGCCACUAAGAAGGACGUUAUUGAUUGUCUAAAGCAGUACAAGGCUUUAGCUUAUCGCAGUGAUGAAUAUGUAUUCAACGAUGGAACAGCGAAACAACUACUCAACCUGCAGGGAACGAUUCCGGUGCGAUAUAAGGGCAAUACCUAUCACAUCCCGGUUUGUAUCUGGUUGCUGGACACUCACCCUCGUUAUGCUCCAAUUUGCUACGUCAAACCCACCUCAGAUAUGCACAUUAAAGUGUCGAUGUAUGUUGAUCACAAUGGAAAAAUUUAUCUGCCUUAUCUGCACGACUGGAACGCUUCGCACUCAGACCUACUGGGAUUGAUUCAAGUUAUGAUUGUUACUUUUGGCGAAUUUCCACCCGUCUACUCUAAGCCAAAACAAACCAAGGAGCAACCGACACCUUAUCCUACGCAGUCAUUCAUGCCACAACCACCAACGAGCAAUCAAAACCAAUUCUGUCCAUACCCGGCGCAAUCGCAAUUUCCGCCGUAUCCUGUUGGCGGAGCCGGAGGAUACGGUGGUUACAAUCAAGCUGGUGGCAGCUAUCAACCAUACAUGCCGCCUGCGAUGCCGACAGUUGGUGGUUACAAUGCCGGUUAUAACCCAACGCCUCAAGGUACGGGGACUAUUACAGAGGAACAUAUAAAAGCAUCACUCGUUAGUGCGGUAGAAGAUAAACUGAAACGUCGCAUACAGGAGAAGGUUAACCAGUGUCAGGCUGAGAUUCAAACACUAAAACGCACCCAGCAAGAAUUGAACGAGGGCCAGUCAAAAAUCAACGACAUCGUUGGAAGACUGGAGCGAGACGAACAGGAACUAACCAAAAGUAUUGCUGUGCUCAAAGAUAAAGAGGAAGAACUUGAGAGAGCUCUGGAGAGUUUGGAAAAGGUUGACGGUAUUGACGUAGACGAAGCCGUGACUACAACCGCUCCACUUUAUAAACAAUUGUUGAACGCAUACGCCGAGGAAGCUGCCAUCGAAGACGCAAUCUACUUUAUGGGCGAAGCCUUACGCAGCGGGGUGAUCGAUCUGGAAGUUUUCCUGAAAAAUGUACGGCAAUUGUCGCGGAAGCAGUUCAUGCUGAGAGCAUUGAUGCAAAAGUGCCGACAGAAGGCCGGUCUCUCCGUCUAAUGUUCGAAUGGUGCCUGUCAGAGAGAAAUUGCGAAGCGCUUGAUGUUUUACGAUUUAGCUAGGUGAAAGUAAGGGUUGUAUAUAAACAGAAUGAUGCAAUUAGAAGUGAGAUUUUGAAAGCCAGAACAAUUAUUAGUAUUUUUCGUUUAUUCACCAGCCGACAUCUAAAAAUGUAAUUGCAUGAGAAUUAUAAUCGUUCACUAUUGAUGCUUACUAUUUUUAAUAUUGCAAAUUAAUUAUACGUUAUCGUCUCAUAGAAUCGAACUAUCUCAUCAGUGAAAUAUAGCAGAGUUGA